AUGGAUCUAUGGUUUUACGCGACGCGGAUUUGCUGGUGGAAGGUUUUGUUUCUCAUGAGUAUAUUCCAGGACUAUCUGAGCUCCAUGCUGGACUGCCCGCCGACCUGCAGUUGCUCCCAAACAGAGAUCUAUUGCAAUAAGUCCGACAACGGAAGGUUUUUCCCUUUACUGGCUGUGCAAGACACUGCCAACAAUGGGACCACUGUUGACAUAGCGGAGUUAUUCAAAAACAUCAGCUCCAUACACAUAGAGAACUGGACAGGAUUGCAGACGCUACGAGAUGUGGAUAUGGAGCUCUACACUGGACUGCAGAGACUAACUAUCAUGAACUGCAACUUGAAGGUGAUCCAGCCCCGCGCCUUCGCUCAGAACCCACACCUGCGCUACAUCAACUUGUCAAAGAAUCCUCUGAGCACCCUGUCAUGGCAGCUCUUCCAGCACCUUCAACUCUCCGAGCUGCGUCUGGAGAACGUGGUGUUUGACUGCGGCUGUGAUAUCCGCUGGAUCCAGUUGUGGCAGCAGCGCGGAGAGGCCGGUCUGAACACUCAGCAGCUCUACUGCAAGAACGGAGCUUCAGAGAUACGCCUGCACAACAUGUACAUCGACAGCUGUGAUUUGCCUGAGAUCAGUGUGAGCCAUAGCAGCGUUCUGGCCACAGAGGGAGACAAUGUGACAGUGAGCUGUAACGGCUCUGGAUCCCCCCUGCCCGAAGUGGACUGGACUGUGGGCGGACUUCACUCCAUCAACACACACCUGUCAAACGUGUAUUGGCCCAACAUCCACUCCAUAAACCUGACUCUGUUCAACAUCAGUCGUGAUGACAACAACUUCCAGCUGACCUGCAUUGCCGAGAACGUGGUGGGCAUGACCAACUCCUCCAUCCAGCUCAACGUCCAGUUUCCUCCUGUUAUCUUAAGACUGGCAGAGCCAGAACAGCGCCAUGACACCUGUAUCGAGUUCACCGUGAGAGGAUACCCCCACCCCAAACUGCGCUGGUUCCACAAGCAGAAGGAGAUAGUGCAGAACAAGUACAUCCGCACAGAGAUGGACUUCUACCAGGACUAUCUGGAGGGCUGUCUGACCUUCCAGAACCCCACACACAUCAACAACGGCAACUACACUCUGGAGGCCAGCAACGCCCUGGGCACAGUCACUAAGACCGUAUAUGGACACUUCCUGUCUGAGCCGGACGCUGACAUAGAGGAAGGAGGAUUAGGUUCAAGUGGAGAAACUGGUCGACCAGAAGAAGACACAUUUGGGGUCUCCAUUGCUGUGGGUCUGGCAGGAUUUGCUUGUGUCCUCCUCCUCGUUCUCUUUGUUCUCAUCAACAAAUAUGGCCGCCGCAACAAAUUCGGUAUGAAAGGUCCAGUGGCAGUGAUCAGCGGUGAGGAAGACUCUGCCAGUCCCCUUCAUCAUGUGAACCAUGGGAUUAUAACGCCCUGUACGCUGGACGCAGGCCCCGACGCUGUGGUCAUCGGGAUGACCAGGAUUCCUGUAGUGGAAAACCCACAGUAUUUCAGGCAUGGGCACAACUGCAACAAGCCGACUACUAUGGUGCAGCACAUAAAGCGCAGAGACAUCAUUCUGAAGAGGGAGCUGGGAGAGGGUGCGUUCGGAAAAGUCUUUCUGGCGGAAUGCUACAACCUCUGCCCCACCAAGGACAAGAUGCUGGUGGCCGUCAAGACGCUGAAGGAUCCGAACUUGUCUGCGAGGAAAGACUUCCAGAGAGAGGCGGAGCUGCUGACCAACCUGCAGCAUGACCACAUUGUGAAGUUCUAUGGAGUGUGUGUGGAUGGAGACCCGCUCAUCAUGGUCUUUGAGUACAUGAAGCAUGGAGACCUCAACAAGUUCCUCAGAGCACACGGUCCUGAUGCUAUGAUCCUGGUGGACGGUCAGCCUCUGCAGUCCAAUGGGGAGCUGAGCCUGUCACAGAUGCUCCACAUUGCCUCACAGAUCGCCUCGGGGAUGGUCUACCUGGCAUCACAACACUUUGUCCACCGGGACCUGGCCACACGCAACUGCCUGGUGGGCAAUGGCCUCUUGGUCAAGAUCGGAGACUUUGGCAUGUCCCGGGACAUCUACAGCAGCGAUUACUACAGGGUUGGAGGACACACCAUGCUGCCUAUCCGCUGGAUGCCUCCGGAGAGCAUCAUGUACCGGAAGUUCUCCACAGAAAGCGACGUGUGGAGCUUCGGAGUGAUCUUAUGGGAAAUCUUCACCUACGGGAAGCAGCCGUGGUUUCAGCUGGGGAAUAACGAGGUCAUCGAGUGCAUAACCCAGGGCCGUGUUCUGGAGAGGCCACGGAUCUGCCCCAAGGAGGUGUACGACGUCAUGCUCGGCUGCUGGCAAAGGGAGCCCCAACAAAGGCUCAAUAUCAAGGACAUUCAGAAAGUCCUGUUUGCCAUGGGGAAAGCGACGCCGGUCUACCUGGAUAUCCUGGGCUAG